CCACACAACGCAACACAAAAUGGCGCCUUCUAAGGAAUAUGCACUCCUCUGCCUAGAGAACCCUUUACUUGGUAAAUAAACCAAAAAAUCCUCCAUUGGAAGCACAUCCGAAUCCAGUAAUGAGCAGCUCGGGAGUUUUACCUUCACCUGUUGGUCAAUCAUUCAAGACAAAGCUGACAACUUUUCACUGCCAGAUAUCCAAGCUCAAGGCAAUACUGCUCUCCUCGAGAAGUAUGGCCUCAAGCCCAACGAUGCCAUCCUCGCGGAAGAAAAGCACAAGGGCAUUUACGAAGACCUCCUAAACAACUACUCUGCAAAGUUAAUCGCCGGAGGUGGAGCCCAAAACACUGCUCGAGGCGCCCAAUACAUGCUCCCACCAAACUCAGUUGUAUACCUCGGUGGCGUCGGUGACGACAAGUACGCUGCCAUCCUCCACGAUGCCGUCAAGACUGCUGGUCUCCGCGUCGAGUACCGAGUUGAUAAGACGCAGCCAACUGGUCGAUGUGGUGUCGUUAUCACGGAUCACAAUCGUUCUAUGUGCACCGAUCUUGGAGCUGCGAACCACUAUGAUCUCGACCACUUGAAGAGUCCUGAGGUAUGGAAGCUGGUCGAGGGAGCUACGCACUACUUCGUCGGUGGUUACCAUUUGACCGUCUGCCCACCUGCCAUCAUGGCUCUUGCUGAGGAAGCUGCCAAGAACGACAAGGCAUUCGUCUUUUCGCUCUCUGCACCAUUCAUUCCCCAAUUCUUCAAGGAUCCUCUUGAUGCUACGGCUCCGUACUGGGACUAUGUUAUCGGGAAUGAGACUGAGGCGUUGUCUUAUGCUGAGAAUCACGGCUUGGAGACCAAGGACAUUAAGGAGAUUGCUAAGGCUUUGGCUUCGCUCCCCAAGAAGAAUACGAAGCGAGAGAGAGUUGCAAUCAUCACUCAGGGUACCGAGCCAACGAUUGUCAGUGUUGGUGGAGAGGAUGUUCAAGAGUUCAAGGUUCAUGCUAUUGAUAGCAAGUUAAUUAACGACACCACUGGUGCCGGUGAUGCUUUUGCUGCUGGUUUCACUGCUGGAUUGGUUGCCGGCGAGAGCCUCGCUCAAUGCAUUGACCAAGGUCAAUGGUUGGCUAAGCUCAGUAUCCAGGAAUUGGGUCCUUCGUAAGUUUUUCUUUCUUUUUCCAUCACAGUUAUCACGGUCACAUGCUAUGGAAGUAAGUGAGAUAGUAAGUGAGAUGUAAGAGUUACGAUUGCUGUUUAUGGACAAAGAGCUAAGCCGCAAAUUACCACUCAAUUUUUACUCCCCUCCACCUCGACCAAAAUACAAGCAAGCUAACGAGAAACCCCAUCUUUGCAGAUUCCCAUUCCCCAAGCAGACCUACAAGCCCACGAACCUGUAGAUUGCCCAUUCCCUUCAUGCAUCAAAAGAUUUUAGACGGCGUUCAGGAGAGGAAAAGGUUUCAAC